AUGAGGCUCUCGGCGCGAGAGCGCGUCGCGGGAGCGCCGACCGCCGGCGGAGUCGAACCGGAGUCUUCGGCGGCUCUAUCUACGACUGGUGCUACAGCUGCCGCCGAGCGAAGGGAGGCAAUGGCACAGCAGAGCGCCCCGCACACGGCCACAACGACACACUCACACACUCACCGCCUCCCACCGCCACUAACAGCAGCGGCCACAAAAGCGAACGAGCCGAAAGCUGAACAGCAGCAGCAGCAGCAGCGGACAACAGCAGCACGAGAGCCUGCGGCCGCAGGGCGAGAAGUCUAUGCUGCUGCUGCUGCUAUUACAGGAACGGUAGCAGUAGAGCAGUCGGAGCAGGAAGGCCCUCUCUGCUGCCGCCAGCAGCAGCAGCAGAAUCAACCAACACCACCGCCACCAUCAACGGCGACGAUACCGCCGCUAACAACAGCACGAGCAGCUUCUAAACUACAGACAGCCGGCCACACGGGCGCACUACUUACAGCAGCAUCAUGCCGUCAUCAAUAA